AUGGCAAACCAAAAUAAUAAACGACUGCAUUCGGAAACAGACUCGGACAUGGAAGGUGAGAGAAAUUCUCACCGACCUUUCACAACUAAUUCGGCAUUUCCACGAUUUCUCCUUAUUCAAUCGGUUGAGGACUAUUUUAAAAUGACAAGUUUUUUACCUUUCGUCAUAGAAAAAACACUCGAGAGUAUAGCCGGAACGCCAAAAUCUGUGAAGAAAUUACGGACAGGAGAUCUUUCGGUUGAAAUUGAAAAGGCUGCACAUGCACAGAAUCUGCUCAAAAUGACAAACUUUUUCGGCCACCCAUGCAAGUGCAUUGCACACCGUACUCUGAACUCCUCAAGGGGGGUUAUUCGUUGCCCUGAUCUUGCUGGGGUACCAGAGACGGAGAUUGUGCAAGGCCUUGCUGAACAACAUGUUACAGCUGCUAGACGCGUGAAAAUCAAACGAGAUGGAAAAGAAAUCAUAACUAACACUAUCAUUCUUACAUUCGGCAUCCCAUUCCUUCCUAGUUCUGUAAAAGUAGGUUAUCUUCAAACAAAGGUCACCCAAUAUAUACCAAAUCCCCUCCAAUGCUAUAACUGCUUUAAAUUUGGACACAACGAAUCAAACUGCAAAGGAGAUUUCAUUUGUCACAAAUGCAAACAAAACGGUUUCUCUCAUGAGCCAGACAGGUGCAAGGGUCCAUUGUGUUGUGUGAAUUGCGGCGAGGAACAUUCAGCCAGGUCUCGCGACUGCAAGACAUGGAGGAUUGAAAAGGAGGUCCUCAAUGUCAAGUUCACACAGGGCAUUGGAUUCCCUGAAGCCAGACGAAUCGCAACUGCUAAGUUCAUGCCUCCAUCAUUGACAACAACAUAUUCUUCAAUUACAAAAUCAAAUGCACCAAAAUCAACAACGUUUUUUGACGCGUCUACGCAAACUGAUUCUGUGCCUGUCCAAGAUUUACCAAAGGAAAAGCCGAAAGUAUCAGAAAAACCUUCGCUGACACCACAAGCUCCAAAGGCAGCUGCUAAACCAACACUGCCACCAGUUGUACAAAAUGUACCAAAGUAUUCAAGCACGCCAUCAUCACGACAAAACGUUAUACCAGUUCCAAUCAACGUGGGGUGA